AUGACCCGUAGCCAGUCGGGAGGUUUACUGCCGUUGAAUCCAGAGAUUGACCGCACCUGUCGCCAGCUCAGGAGACAACAGCGAGCUAGACUGGCUACGGAAGAGCGCAUAGACGGCCACCUGAGCAGCGAUUCUGAAGAAGAGCACGGAAUGGACGGAGACUACAAUCAGCACCAGGGGAAUCCACAGCAGGUUCCCCCGGUGAAUCAGGUCCUGGGGAACAACCCCAUACCCCAGGAUCAUGGAGCUCAUCAUCCACCGCAGCCGGGUCCCACCCUGGAGUACUACUACACUCCGCGGAUUGCUGACAUCCGCCCGGUCAUCCUCUACCCGCCGAUCCCAGCAAACAACUUUGAGAUCAAGCCAUGCUGGAUUCAGCUCAUUACAUCUUCUAUCCAGUUCCAUGGCUUGAAGAAUGAGGAGGCCAGGGUGCAUCUUUCCCGUUUUCUGCAGCUGACAAACGGGUUCAAGCUGAAUGGUGUCCCGGAUGAUGCGAUCCGCCUUCAUCUCUUCCCCCAUUCUCUGGCGGGGAAUGCUAAGAGGUGGUUGGAGACCCAGCCCCCAUUGUCCAUCACCUCUUGGGACGAUCUGGCUGACAAGUUCGUGCACAGGUACUAUCCGGCAUCGAAGACUACAGAGAUUCAGCGGGAGAUCACCCACUUCCGCCAGGAGCCAGAUGAGUCACUUCGUGAUGCUUGGGAGCGGUAUAUGGGCUAUUUCUGGCAGUGCCCCCAUCAUGGCUUCAGUGAUGCAUUCACAGUGGGGAACUUCUACAGUGCCCUUUCGCCAGAUAGCCAGAGGGUGAUUGAGUCUCUAUGCCCAGGAGGGGAUAUUCUUACCAAGACUCCACCCGAGCUGAACCAGAUGAUCAGUACUUUGGCUGCCAGAGAUCAUUCUUGGGGACAGGGUAGCCGAGGCAGACAGUCCCGAGACCGUGGUGUGCACGCCAUGGAGACCAGAUCCGGGCUCGAGCAGCAGGUAGCUGAGCUAGUGCAGACAUUGAAGCAGCCCAACAGUCUGAUUCCGGGCAGAGGUUUGGCUACACCUCCAGUAGCUCAAUGUCAGUGGUGUGAGAGCUCCAAUCACCUAGUGGAGGACUGCCAGGCUAUGAGGGAGUCUACCACACCCCAGGAGCAGUUGGCCUUCAUCGCCAAUGCGAGGCGCCUCGAUCCAUACAGCAGCACAUAUAAUGAGGGGUGGCGCCAGCAUCCCAACUUCGCCUGGAGCAGCAACACCACUAAACCACCUGGUUUCCCAGCACCAGCAGGUGGUUUUCAGCAGAGGCAGCCCUUCCAGGCUCGCCAGGGGCCAGACCCACAGCAGCAGCCCUACCAGCCUAGGCAGGGCCAGCCAUUCCAGCAGCCCCAGCGCCAGUUUGCUGAGCCAGCAGCAGCUCCAGCCCCAGAUGACAGGAUGACGAAGCUGGAAAACAUUCUAGCUUCAUUCAUGACUAGCACCCAGGCUGCUAUCACAUCACUGGAGGCAGGUCAGCGGAACCAGGGUGCUAUUUUGCAGGAUCUGCAGACCCAGGUGGGCAUCUUGGCCCGCCAGAACACCACCAGGGCACCAGGGACUUUGCCUGCCACCACUGUUCCUAAUCCUCGAGAUCCUCACCAGCAUCAGCAGCUGGAUGCCAUUUUUACCAGGAGCGGUAAGACCAUAUCUGCUGAUCCUGUCCCGGCCAGACAGGAGGAACCACUACCGGCUUCAGCACUUCCAGCCGACGAUGCAGAAGUGCGGGUGGAGAAGGAAGCCCCUGCUCCCAAGCCACAACCAAUGGUUAAGGAGCAUGUACCCCAGCUUCCCUUCCCCACUCGCCUACACAAGGACAAGCUGGAGACUGAGUUUGCCAAGUUCAUGGCAAUGUUGAAGCAGCUCAACAUCAGCAUACCGUUCAUGGAGGCACUGUCGAAGAUGCCCAAGUAUGCCAAGUUCAUGAAAGAUCUCUGCACCAACAAGAAGAAACUUGGGGAUCUCUCGACAGUGAUGCUGAGCGAGGAGUGUUCUGCUAUCCUGCAGAACAAGCUGCCCGAGAAGCGCAAGGAUCCAGGGAGUUUUACUAUCCCUCUUACUAUUGGCAGCAUGCAUGUAGGCAAGUCCUUGGCGGACCUAGGUGCUAGCAUAAAUGUCAUGCCAUAUAAGUUGUUUAAAAAGCUAGACCUAGGUGAACUUAGCCCUACUAGGAUGAGCAUUCAGCUGGCUGAUCGUUCUAUCGUGCAUCCUAGGGGAAUCAUAGAGGAUUUGCUUGUCAAUGUCGGUGCAUUCACAUAUCCUGUUGAUUUCGUUAUUCUUGAUGUGCAUGAGGAUGCGGAUGUGCCUUUGAUUCUAGGUAGGCCAUUUCUUGCCACCGCCAAGGCACUUAUUGAUGUGCAUGAUGGUAAAUUGAUCUUGCGUUCUGGGAAUGAACAGGCUACUUUUUCUGUGACUGAGUUUGAUCACUGUGCUAUGAUUGAUGUCACGCCUGUGCAUGUUAUGUCUGAUCAGAUACACGAGCCUGUCGUGUACCCUUCUGCACCUCCUAUUUUGCAGGACCCUCCUAUCAUUCCUUCGCCGCCACUCCAUCCAGCCUCGCCUCCAAACAAAAAGCUCAAGGAGGAGUGGCGGCCGAAGCCGCAGGUUGCUAAGCUUGCACGUAAGAAGAGUGGAGACCACUAUGAGCUGGUCCCACCUCCUGCACCACGACCACCCUGGCCGUCUGGGUACUCACUCGCCUGCAUCUUGCCAGACGGGCAGGUCGAGCUGACUGAUGAGGGUGGUGGCAUCCGUCGGGUGCAUGACCACAACCUGAAGCUGUACCUCAAGAGCGACGUGGAUCCGCUCUUGGAGGCACCUGUUCCUGCACCGCCCUGA